AUGAUUGCCCUUGGAGGUACUAUUGGUACCGGUUUAUUCAUCGGUACUGCUACUCCUUUGCGUGAUGCUGGUCCAGUUAACACGUUGAUCGCCUAUAUAUUUUUCGGUGUUAUGGCCUACUUUGUUACCCAGGCUUUGGGUGAGAUGGCUACUCAUACUCCUAUUUCUGGCUCAUUUUGCGUCUUCAAUAGCAGAUAUAUUUCUAAGGCCAUUGGUUUCUCCACCAACUGGUGCUACUGGUUCUCUUGGGCUAUUACAUUUGCCAUCGAACUAUUUGCGGUUGCUCAAGUCAUUGAAUAUUGGACCGAUGCAGUUCCCAAUUGGGCAUGGAUGCUUAUUUUCUAUUUUAUCCUAACUGCUGCCAACUUCUGCCCCGUUGAAUAUUACGGAGAAGUCGAGUUCUGGAUUGCCUUGGUUAAAAUCUUGGCCAUUAUUGGUUUCAUUAUUUAUGCGUUCUGCAUGGUUUGCGGUGCAGGAGUUGGUGGCCCUAUCGGCUUCAGAUACUGGAGAAACCCUGGUCCUUGGGGCCCAGGUGCUGGAUUGGUGUCAAAUAUCAAUACGGAUCGUUUCCUCGGUUGGCUAUCUUCGCUCAUUAACGCUGCCUUCACCUAUCAAGGUGUUGAAUUGACAGGAAUAACUGCAGGCGAGUCUUCUAAUCCUAGAAAAACCGUGCCUAAGGCUAUUAGCAAGGUUAUUUUCCGUAUCUUGAUCUUCUACAUCCUUACAUUGUUCUUUAUCGGUUUACUUGUUCCUUACAAUGACCCUCAGUUGGAUGACAGCACCACUUUCAUCUCAUCUUCACCAUUCUUAAUUUCAAUCGAACGUUGCGGCACUCCUGUUCUUCCAUCCAUAUUUAAUGCCGUUAUGCUUUGUACCAUUAUCUCUGCAGGUAACUCGAACAUCUACAUUGGUUCGCGUGUGCUCUACUCUAUGGCAGGAACUUCCGCACCUAAGUGCUAUGGAUGGACUACCAAACAAGGUAUUCCUUAUGUCGGUGUGAUUACAACGUCACUUUUCGGCCUUUUAUCCUUCUUGAACGUGUCCAAUAGUGGUCAGACGGUGUUCACGUGGCUAAUGAAUAUCACUGCAGUGGCCGGCAUGAUCUCUUGGAUCUUUAUAAGUGCAGCACACUUGCGGUUUAUGUCCAUUCUCAAAUCGAGAAACAUUUCUCGUAAUACUCUCCCAUUCAAGGCCAUAUUAAUGCCUUACAUGGGAUGGUUUACAUUUAUCAGUCUAGUGGUGAUUGUGUUUAUCCAAGGUUACGCUGUAUUUUUCAGCUUCAGCGCUGCAGAUUUCUUCGCUAAUUACGUCUCUGUGGUGAUGUUCUUUGCCUUUUGGAUCAUAUCUCAGUUGACCAUUUACAGACACGAGCCUUGGUUUAUUCCAAAGGAUUCAAUAGAUAUUGAUUCCCAGGCUAGAAAAAUCGACGAGGAAGUCUGGGAUGAACCUCAACAACAAAUGGGCAAGUGGGAGAAAAUUUGGGAUACUAUCAUGUAA